AUGUCCUACAUCAAAGCACUUUCGUCGGUCGGUCACGACGGCGACUGUCCUCUAUUGAUCUGUACAAAAUGGCAACGAGCAUUCCUCAAUCACAUCUUCCCUGUUGAAUGGGGUUGUUGCUUGGGCUCAAGAUACGUCUACUUCCUGCUGUCGUUUUCAGUAAUCGGCGCCAUUGUGUUGGGCCUAUUUGGUGCGUAUCGGUGUCUCCGUGUGGCCGCUAUCCGGGCACCGCCACCCGAGGCUCUGGCCCGGCCGAUUCAGUUCAUCAGCGACGAACUAGCCGCGGCGGCCGCGGCAGCAGCUUCUGCAGCACCUCUAAGCGCCGACCCGAACCAUCUGCCUGUACCCAUGCUAUCGGUACAGUCGCCCGGCUGCGCGGGAAUGGAGCGGCUCGGCGUUCCUGCCGGUAGUUCCAUUGGCUCACCACCUCUCAGAGAUGAACGAAGCCGGCGAUUACGGGUGGACUCCGGCGUGACGGCGAAUGCCGCCACCAGCAACUCUUACCAACAUCUUCCCAACUUGCACCAUCACAGCCAUCAUGCGCUUCACCACCACGAUCAUCUAUUAGUAAACAGCGGUAGUAGUGAUAAUAGAAAUUAUAUGAACAAUCACAGCCAUCAGCAGCAGUACCAUCAUACGGCGUCGACGACGACGACGACGCCAGGCAGUCGCCACAAGGAUGCAUGCUCUAGCAGUUCCAGCAGCGGAAGCAGUAGCAGUAGCAGCAGCAGUAGCUACGGCAAACACAGCAACCAUCAAAGCACCAGCAGUUUCUACGGAGGAAACAACAACAGCAGUUUGUGCAUCAACAGCAUCAGCAAAUGUCCGCAUCACGUGGCACUACCGGAUGGUGAACGGGGGCCGGACCGGAAUCUGCAGAUACCGCAAUCGGAGAUCCCCCGAACGUACGUCAAGGCUCCCCCGAACAAAACGGUACGGGACGUCCCGCCGCAGUACCAAUCGGGAGCAUCCUCCACAUCGUCGUCCAUGAGCAAUCUCAACAGUCACCUUCGCGGAGCAGCAGGUGGUUCGGCAGCGAUGAGCCACUCGCUCAGCGGGGGUGUCAGUCUGGGUAACCGGGCCAUAGUCAAUAGUCUGUCGGCGUACGGUUCCUCCAGCAGUACGGCUGGCGGCACCACCAACACCACCGCCAAACCCAAGUCUGAACUGAAACUGAGAGAUAUCCUGCGAACGAUCACAGGUAACAAAUCAUCAAAAACAUCCACUAGUGGUAUUAGCAGUAGCAGUAGUAAUAACAAUAAUAUUAACGGAGCUAUAAGUAGCAACACUAGCUGUAAUAAUAAUAACUAUAGAAACAAUCCCUACGGGAACACUGGUUCAGUUGGUUCGAGUAGCAGUCGGAAUGGAUUGAACUCGUCGAACGGUGCAAACCAUCUAGCAGUAAGCGGAAUACAUAAUCAUAAUCAUCACUACCGGCAAUCGAUAGCGUCGUCGGUGCAGCAGAGGCAUCAACAGCAACAGACCCAGCAAAGUGGGCUAUCCUCGUCGGUUCCAAAUGCCUCCUCGGGGUCCUCGCUCGGCGGCGGUAGCACAACGCCAAUGUCCCUGUCCGCAAGUCCUAGUCCGGACACGAGCUCACACUAUAUGUGACCGGAAGGCCGCACGCUGCAGGAUAGUUGAAAUGUCGACGCAGGUCAUUCGGAUGAUCUUUUUCCUUUCUUAUUCGUAAAGCUAGCUAAUCGAUGUCGUGAUAAUAAUUGUGAUUUUGAGUAUGAGAAUGAACAGGAAA